ACACACACAGACAGAACGGCCGCUGGACUCCAUUAACGCAAAAGCCUCCAGGAGCUCCGCCGCUGGACGCGAUUUUUUUCUCUUUCGGGAACCUUCCUCAUGAUAGGAUUAAAUACGCGGUCGAAGGAAAGAAAACGCGUAGCGUGUUGAAGUUCCGGGGACUGAAGUCGUGUUUUGCGGAUUUGUUUCGGCGUAUUUGUGAAGGAUGGCGUUGGACGGUAUACGGAUGCCGGAUGGCUGCUACGCAGACGGGACCUGGGAGCUGAAGAUGCAUGUCACUGACCUCAACAGGGACGUGUCUCUCAGAGUCACCGGGGAAAUCCACAUCGGCGGUGUGAUGCUCAAACUCGUGGAGAAACUCGAUGUGAAGAAGGACUGGUCAGAUCACGCGCUGUGGUGGGAGAAGAAGAAGACCUGGCUGCUAAAGACGCACUGGACGCUGGAUAAAUACGGCAUUCAGGCCGACGCCAGGCUGCUCUUCACGCCGCAGCACAAGCUGUUGCGCCUGCAGCUGCCCAACAUGAAGCACAUGAGGGUGAAGGUCAACUUCUCUGACCGCGUCUUCAAGGCCGUGUCCGACAUCUGCAAAACCUUCAACAUCCGGCAUCCUGAGGAGCUCUCCUUACUCCGCAAGCCCCGCGACCCCAAGAAGAAGAAGAAAAAGCUGGAGGAGGCAGAGGAGGAGGCACUGGAGCUGGAAGGACCACUGCUCACUCCUGGAUCAGUCUCUGAGAUACUAUACAUUGGACCAGUAAAAGGUAAGGCUCACUGUUUUUCUGGCUUCCUGCAUUGCUUCCUUCACUUCCUCUCACCGCAGCUGGAGCACCAGGUGAAUCUGGGAGGUUAUCGUGAUCUGGCCUGUGUUUCCACAAACUACCACAUCAACAAGCUGUCCAUCAUGUCUUCAGACAAUCACAUGAACAACAGUGAGAAGGAGGUCGAUGAGGUUGAUGCCGCUCUGUCAGAUCUGGAGAUCACUCUCGAGGGAGGAAAGACGUCCAACACGCUGGGAGACAUCACAUCCAUUCCUGAACUGGCCGACUAUGUGAAAGUCUUCAAACCAAAGAAACUCACUCUGAAAGGAUACAAGCAGUACUGGUGCACGUUCAAGGACAUCACAAUCUCCUGCUACAAGAGCCGCGAGGAGGCCCACGGCACACCGGCGCACCAGAUGAACCUGAGAGGCUGUGAAGUCACACCAGAUGUGAACAUUUCCGGUCAGAAAUUCAACAUCAAGUUGCUAAUUCCUGUAGCAGAUGGUAUGAAUGAGAUCUGGCUGCGGUGUGAUGCUGAGAAGCAGUACGCUCAGUGGAUGGCAGCUUGCCGUUUGGCCUCCAAAGGGAAGACGAUGGCAGACAGUUCCUACAACUUAGAGGUCCAGAACAUUCUGUCCUUCCUGAAGAUGCAGCACAUGAAUCCUGAUCCUCAGAUCAUAGAGCCCAUCACCAUCGACAUCAACCCUGAGUGUCUGGUGUCUCCACGAUACCUGAAGAAAUACAAGAACAAGCAGCCAGGCUUUGUCAGGGACUUGAUUUCGGCCCGUAUUCUGGAAGCCCAUCAGAACGUGGCUCAGAUGAGCCUUAUUGAGGCCAAGAUGCGCUUCAUACAGGCCUGGCAGUCCUUGCCUGAGUUUGGAAUCACACAUUUUCUUGCCAAGUUCCAGGGUGGCAAGAAAGACGAGCUGAUUGGCAUCACCUACAACAGACUGAUCCGUAUGGACGCCAGCACAGGAGACGCCAUCAAGACCUGGCGCUUCAGCAACAUGAAGCAGUGGAACGUCAACUGGGAGAUUAAGAUGGUGACGGUGGAGUUUGCGGACGAGCCCAGUCUGGCGUUCAUCUGUGCCGAGGUGGACUGCAAAGUGGUGCACGAGUUCAUCGGCGGCUACAUCUUCCUGUCCACGCGUGCCAAGGACCAGAACGAGUCUCUAGACGAGGAGAUGUUCUACAAGCUGACCAGCGGCUGGGUCUGAGCGCCGCAACACUUCAUCCUGCUACUUUCACACUUCUUCUUCUUCUUCUUCUUCUUUCUUCUUCUCUCUCUCUUUAACCACUCCAUCGUGGCCGCAUCAUAAUUGUUUGAAAACUGAUUUUUUUUGUAAUUCUGUUUAUGCUUCCCUCCAGAAGUGAUUUGAGAUGAAGCAUUAGUAGCUGACCGCUAUAUAUGACCUUUGACCCUCAAUAGAAAUACGCCAGCUUUGUGCACCGCCGAAAUACCAAUUAUUUAUUUGUCACUAAUUUACGUCGUCUCUCUGGGUAGCUGUCGAAUGUGCGGUGCUCGUUUGUGCCUAUUAAUCUGUAAUGAUAACUGUCGCAUUAAAGUGACGUCAUAGAGACACUAGAAGGAAAUGUUACACUAGCUUUAACGUUGCUGCUUCUGAACGCUCUCGUCCGAUGGGUAGAUGACACUACACUUCAGCUCGGCAGUCUUUGGUCAAAAACCCAAUCAGUUUGGUCCUUUCUAAGCACUUGGAAGAUAAGCUGUCGCUUGAAGGUUCGUGUGUUCAACACUACAUUACAUGUAAUGAGACCGAUAUUUUUUUACACUUUGAAGGAGAAGAGUUGUCCACUUUUUUUUUGUAGCAACAUAGGAGAACGUUUAUGAAUCUGUGGCUCCACAGUCUGCUUUUGAAGGUCAUUAUUGAUUUCCCGUUGUAGGAAGUUUCUUUUUAUUAUGAAGUCUGUUAUUUUAUUCAUCAUGCUUUAUUGUGAACCAGUAUAGUAUUAUUCAAAAGCGUUUCUUUAAUACGCACCAGCAAUAGGUCACAAACCAUGCAAUUUCCUUUUUUUUUCUUUUUUUUUCAAAAUGAAGG